AUGCCCAAAACGAAGAAGGAUUUCGUGAUAGGAGCCCACCGUGGACCACUGUUUUCACGACAAGAGGAAGAUGAUGGACUUGCCAAAACCGAGUCUGCUAGCGGUCUUUCCUUGACCAAAACACAAACUCGUGGUGAAAAGUGGCGCCGUCACUGGCGCCGUUUCUGGCUUGUCUAUCUUGUCGGCAAUGUGAUCUUCCUUGCAAUUCUUCUCCCUAUAUUCUUCCUAGUUGUUAUCCCUGCCGUGGCACAACUGGUGGUAAACAAGUCGGACUUAUGGCUCGUCAAUGCGCAAGUGAUGCAGCCAAAGCCCGACUCUGUGAUCAUGACGAUGCAAGCCAAUGUGGACCUGAAGCUUGCGCUUCCUGUUCGUAUUGAGCCUGUGACACUCAACUUAUUCGAGCGAGAGUAUGGCCACGAUAAUCCAUAUGUCUCAGUUGACAUUCCAGGUCAAACGAUCAAAGGCAACUAUACCCUUGGUGUCUCUGAUCAGUUCACGCGUAUACAAAACUUGACCGUCUGGGAAAAGUUUGUCAAGCAAGCCGUUUUCCAGGAGAAAACCUCACUGGCCAUGUAUGGCAAGAUGACUGCUUAUUUGGGUGUGCUAAAGUCUCAUGUUACGAUGGACAAGGACGUUGUCGCACCAACUUUGAACAAGUUUGCAGGUUUCGCCAUGUCUGACUCGACACUACUCCUCCCCGCGAGAAGCGACGGCACAAACCUCAUCGGAAACAUUACACUCCCCAACCCCACCGUCUUACAUUUCGAAGUCGGCACUCUGAACUUGGAUAUUAAGAGUGGCGAUAUUCUUAUCGGCAACGUUACCAUCAAAGGAGUGACCCUCGUACCUGGGGACAACAAGUACCCACUUACUGGAGUUAUCGAUCUAAAGACUAUACUUUCAAAUUUGGGAGCCGUUCUCAAAGCCGAAGCUUCUGCUCUGAAAUCCGGAAACUUGAGCCUCCAAGCAACCACUUCUUCGGUUGUUUGGAAUGGUACUGUUGUUAAAUAUUAUACAGACAUUUUGCGCCAGCUCACUCUCACCACGGAUAUUGGUCUCGCCGAUACCUUGAAGAAUACGCUCAAGAAUUUUGUUCAGGGGAAGAAUGUUACCGGACUAUUGUCCAGUAUCUUUGGGAAUACCGGUAAUAUAAACUCCACCCUUGGUCGUCGGUACGAGGAUGAUGGCAAGGCGAGAUUUGACUUGGCACAAUUCCUCAAAGAGGAUCAAGAUGUGCAAGAUGCCUUCCAUGAUGUAAGUCCGGAAAGGCGGAAUGGAAUGAUUGAUUCUCUGAUGGCGAUGUAUUGA